CCGUGUUGCCAGCGUCGCAGCAUCUCGAGGAAAAUGCGCAUCAAGAAUAUCAGCACUACGGGCUGAGAUACUUUUAAAGUUGGUGCUGCACGAAAAUCGAGAGAGAGGGAGAAAGAAGGGGACCAAGUCAGGCAGUCAUGAGCCAGUACUCGUCACGAUCACCUCCACCCCUUCGUCAUCCGGUCCCCACCCAUCCACCAUUAAAAGUGCCAGACCCACCAAUCACGCCGACACCCUCUAAUGGGGCGCCCUUGUCCACGUCUCCCACUGAUCCACACACCUCCUCUGCUCGCCCUCGCGCGCAUGGCAGCACGGAUAAUGCGCUAGGGGGCGACGGGUACGUGCGAUACAGCUCACCGCCCAUCAAUCAGGCAAAUCCUUACGGCGGCCCGGGCACUGCGGCAGCCAGCAGCUUUGGGGGGUCCAUGCAGCAAGGCAUGUUCUAUCAAGGCGGGGAUGGGCGCGGCGCUGCGCCUUCAGGCAGCAUGCAAGUUGGCGGUGGAGUAUCUGGCGCAGGGCCGUACGGAGGCUGGGUUGGUGCAGGAGGUCCAAUGGGUGGCAUUAUGAAUGAUGCAACCGCGCAAAUGGGCAUGCAAUUUGGAGCACAAAUUGCAGCAGCAGGUGGUGACUACGUGGAAAAGAAUAUCAAUCGGUUCUUCUCGCUUCCAGCCCUCAAGUAUUCAUUCAACGUGUCGAAUUCGUAUGUGCUCCACAAGCUUCGUCUCGUCCUGUUCCCUUGGCGGCAUAAGCCAUGGUCGCGCUCCCACCGCCACGGAAAUGGAUCUGCAAGCACAGCCAGCGCGUAUGCCGGCAUGGACGGACAUGCACAAUCUCCCGGACCGGCGGCGGGUAAGAACGGAGGCGAGGGCUAUCUGCCCCCACGAGAGGACGUCAAUAGUCCUGAUCUUUACAUCCCUUCCAUGGCAUUCGUCACGUACAUUCUGGUCAUUGCCACCAUUCACGGGCUCGAAUCGCGCUUCCACCCUGAGCAAUUGGGCCUGACAUCGUCACGAGCCCUCGCAAUCAUUCUCCUCGAAGUUUCAUUUGUCAAGCUCGGCUGCUACCUGCUCAACAUCCAAGGCGAUCAUACGGUUGUCGACCUGGUCGCAUACGCCGGCUACAAAUUCGUCGGCACACUUGUCACGCUUCUUGUGGGAUUGCUCGGCUUCGAGGGAAUGGUGUAUUGGGGCGUCUUCCUAUACACGUUUUCGGCCAACGCUUUCUUUAUCUUGCGCUCUUUGCGAUACGUCGUCCUUCCGGAUCCAUCGUCACCGUCUAGCGUGACUAUCACCCAUGCGCAACGUUCCAAGCGCAUUCAGUUCCUCUUUGCGAUCGCUGUUGCACAGCUUCCGCUCUGCUGGGCUCUCGUAGUAGGCAUCUUCAAUGGUAGUCACAAGGCCGUCGCUGCCAAAGCAGCUGCGAAAGUCGCUGGUGCUAUCUAGGCCAGCUGAUGUGCCGCCGCGAGAUACUUGCUGAUAUCCUCGAACCUGGGCUUGCAUGCGCUCGGACGCAUCAGGACAUGCACACUGUUGCAUUUUGUCAUCUCCCAUGAAUAAAUACAGAAUGAGUUGCAAACCAA